AGCUUAGUCCUUUUAUUAGCCGAUCUAAUAGAGGUCCUCCAGUCGUCCUCGAUGGCGUUACUCGGCGACGACGGUCGAGGGUACGAGCUAGCCCGGAAACUAGAACUGCAAGGCGUAUGGAGAUCGUGGCUGGGAGACGAUUCAAUGUACGCCAACUUCGUUCCCUUCUUAUCAUCACCCUCUUCCUGGGAAUCCUUCAUGAGGACCGACGACACCAGGUCUAGGGCUCAAAUUCUCCUUCAACUUCGUGCACGCGCUUUACUCUUCGACAAAGCUUGCGUCUCGCUCUUCCCCCGCUCCAAUCGCUCUUCUCCCUCUUCUAAUUCCAAGCUCAAUCCCAAUUAUUUGCAGUUGCACGGGGAUGAUGUUUAUUACACUCUGGAGAAUCCUACACAAAAUGUGGCGCAGCCAUCCAAGGUGGUGCAAUCAAAAGCAAGUUUUGGUGUUGGAUCAAGGUAUGGUGUGCAUGAAGAUGAUAGUAUGUCUCAAAGAAUCCCAGAAUCAUGGUAUAGCCAAUUCUUUGAAAAGUAUAGAGCUACCAAACCAUACCGAUUACCUUCAGGGGAUCGAGAAUCUGAAAAACGUACACCCGAGCAAAUGGCUAAUUAUCUUAGAAUUGUUGAAAAACAUAAAAGAAGCCGUGCAGUUUUCAUGGAAGACAAUGGUAUGGUCAGAAUAUCUUGUAAUUUAGAAGACAGCGAUGAAGGUUUAUUCUUCCCCGAGACAACGUUUUCAGCAAACUCUGUACCCGAUAGCGCUUUACCUCCUACUUCAUCAAGUCAAAUGGAUAACGUGCAGAACGUAAAGUGCAACGGGGUUCUAGAUACUUUACCGCCGCUAAUGACCAAAAGCCCCAUAAUGUUAGAGAGACUCGGUAUAAGACCUGAGUACCUUAAUAUGGAACAAACAGGGAACAACCAUGAUCAUCGUGGAUCAUCUGGGAUGAAAAAUAAUUUAAGUCCAGAACAAGCAGCAGAGAUGUCACGAAAAAUGGUUUCUCGUUUGUUAAUGGAUGUGGGGUUCGACCGGGCUACUGGUGGGCCGUUGGAUAUAUUUGGUCAGUUAUUAGGUUCUCAUGUAUCUAAAUUAGGUCGUAUUUUGAAAAUUCUUUCCGAUGGUUACAAGAAAGAGUGUUCAGCAAUUGAACUACUAAAGAUGUUCCUCCAAACAAUUGGACAUGGUAAUCUUGCGGCUUUUGCUGAGGUGGUGAAAGAUAGUACGAAGAACAAUGUACAACAACAGACACAAAUGCAACAAGUUCAGGCGAUGCAGUCACAGUUACAAUUGCAAAAUCAAGCUAAUGUUAGGCUACCCCAUCAGUUUCCAAGGCAGAUGCACAACCAGAUGGUUCACCCGUUACAGCAACAACAGCAGCAGAUGGUUCACCCUUUACAACAACAGCAGCAGUGGGACCGAAUGCGAAGACGGCAACCUUCAACCUCUCGUCCUGUCAUGAAUAUGGGUGGUCACAUGAAUAUGGAUAGCGAUAGUCAAAGUCAAGGUCAAAGUCAAAGAUCUGUGGUUGAAGUCAAACUUGAAAACCCACCUGAGUUUCCUAUGGACACUAAUGCUGCCGCCGCCUUUUCAACAAUGAACUACAGAAAUCCCCAGAUGCAAUUCCGACAACAGCAAUUCGCUUCAAUCUCAGCCUUCCAAGCUCAAUCCAACAAUCAGUUUCGCCCCAUGGCUUCUGUCCAAAUUCCCCAACUCCAGCCACAAGCCCAUUCACCGAACAUGGGCCUGGUUAGAGCUCCACCUGUGAAAGUUGAAGCCUUUGGGGAACUGAUGGGUGGGGAUUCAUCAAUGAAGCAUGAUUCUGAUGAAACUAAACUGACUUCCCCAAAGUAAACCAACAGGUAAUUGUGAAUAUUCCUGUUUGACUUUCGAGAGUUCAGUCUUCGCGUACAACUAACUUUGAUGAUGUUUUAUAAUCGUUAGAGUUUAGUAGGUUUUAAACUAGUGUUUGUAUGUCAAAUUCUAGAUGAAUUAUUAUUACCAAGUAAUAAUGGAUGUGACAUAUAGAUAUAUGAUAACUUGUGGCGGAUGAUUAUUUAUGGUUUAUUAAGGUUACAUAUAUCUGAACACCAAGAAUAAGUUCAACUA